UAAUAAGUUUAAUACACUAUUUCAUGAGAAAAAUGCGGAGUUUUGGGAGGGGAAUAUACGUUUUAACGAGCUAUUACACAUUUAAUGUCGUUGUAUAUUGCCAAAAAUCACACUUCGGUAUUUAGAUGUCUGAUGAAUAGUUGGAGUAAUUAUAAAUGAUGGCGACGGUUAUUGCUACUCCUCAAGCUCUGCAUUAUUUUCCGAGCCAUGUAGCAGAAAAUUUUGGAAGUGAACUACGUUAUUUAUGUGCUGAUAUGCCUCCACCCCAACGGAUUAAUUGUGAUCAAAGACUUGUACAACCAACACCUAAUAAUAUGCAAACGAACUGGCAAUGUAAUAGUUUACCGGAAAUGACAUCACAAAUGAGACCGCCAUUACAUCAGCUUACCCAACAAAUCAACUCACAAAACUAUCACGAUAUGAAAAUUCAAAGAGAAAUGCAAUUACAGAGGGAACACUUCAGUUAUGAAAUGCACCAAGCGCGGAUGCGCCAUGAAAACAUGAUUGCAACAAGAGGUCAAAUUAUUCAGCCGACUUCUAAUGUUUUGUUACGAUCACCACAAAUGACGCCAUUGCCAUCACCUGGAAUGUCGAUAUCUUCACAACAGAUGUCGCCACCAGCUGCAACGGAAGCAGAAAUACCGUGGUGGAGCGUGCAGUCUCCCCAAACUCAGUUACCGGAAAUGAAACUUUUUGGAGCGUCUGAGAUAGCUGUGUCAGGUAGAAUGGGGGACAUACAAUACCGAAAUCAGCUUGCUACUAUGCUACAAAAUGUCCGACCGAUAAUAGCACCGACCCGACGUUGUCGUCGCUGCAGGUGUCCAAACUGUCAAAACUCCAAAGGAUCUGACAACCCUUCUAAAAAGAAACAACAUAUUUGUCACAUACCCGGAUGUGGCAAGGUUUAUGGUAAAACAUCACAUUUAAAAGCACAUUUACGAUGGCAUUCUGGGGAACGUCCAUUCGUCUGUAACUGGUUAUUUUGUGGGAAAAGUUUCACAAGAUCUGACGAACUUCAACGACAUUUGCGAACUCAUACGGGCGAAAAGAGAUUUGGCUGUAAAGAAUGUGGUAAACGAUUUAUGAGAAGUGAUCAUUUGAGUAAACAUUUAAAAACACAUGAUACGAAACGCGUAAAAGAUCAAGAAACGGAAGUUGAAAGAGACCAAUCAGAAGACGAGGAUGUUGAUGUGGAUGGCAUCGAUGAUGAAUCCGACAGUUUCGACGACAGUGUCGAUGUCUCAUCUUGAAAAGUGAAAAUAGUCUAUUACCAAAGUGCUGUAUGGAAACUAGUGCUUUUAUA